AGAUGGUGUUUCCUGUGCGGACAGAGUCAACCUUGAAUUCAUCUGUGUCUGUUUGUAGCAUUUAAUACCUGUAUUGAAUUGCUUUGUUGUGCUGUCUGUUCCAUCAAUGCAGUCGGCCUCUGGUUGGUUGGACCACUUACAACGCGGAAAGAGUGAGCGAAAAAGACUCAUCCAGAUCGCACAUGUUCCUUCCGAAUAUCUCGCGCGUCCCUGCAUCCGGGCUCCUGCGCUGCAUCCGUGACCUGCUCUGUCUCCCGCGCUCCAUCGCGCCUCUCGCCGCGCCCAGUAGAGGUUUGACUCAGAUGGGCUACCGGCGGCCCGGCCAGCCUAGAGAGGACAAGCCCCCGUGGUGGAGGGUCAAGUUCGACCUCUCUAAGGGUCUGAAGGGCAUGAAGAGGCACUUCAAGCUGCUGAAGGAGGAGUUCUUCGCCGAAUUAGUUGGUCCGGGGGGCAAACCCCUCAUCGUGCACAUGCUGGAGCAGAACCAGGUGUUGUGGGAGUUCAGGGGCCCCCACAGCCUCCAGGAGUGGACGAUUUCCUGCGACAGGGAGAUCGGAGGCAAAAGCGAGAUUUACCUGAAGGUCGGAAGGAACAAUGAAAGCUGCCUUCUGUACGGGAACCUUUGCUCCGAUCCUCCUAAAGACGGAGAAACGUGCUACAGCGGAUACUGCACCAUGCGUGCCAAGCAAUCUCUGGGUUCGUUUGACAGGAAGAAGUACUACGACUGGUCCAGCUUCAACACCCUCCACCUGCGCAUCCGGGGUGACGGCCGGCCGUGGAUGAUCAAUAUUAUAGUAGACUCCUACUACAGUCACCAGAAAGAUGACAUGUAUAGCUACUUCAUGUUCACCAGGGGAGGACCCUACUGGCAAGAUGUGAAAAUCCCGUUCUCCAAGUUCUUCCUGGCUAGUCGGGGGAGGAUACAAGAUGACCAGCACGAUAUCUGGCUGGACAAGGUUAAUUCCAUUGGAUUUACUCUUGGAGACAAAGUAGAUGGUCCCUUCCAGCUCGAAAUCGAUUUCAUCGGCGUGUGCAGAGAUUACGCACACACUGAGGACUUCGCAUACGAGAAGUACAAGAGGAACCCUGAAGUUUGAGAGUUCCCGCAACACAGGAUUCAAGCAGGACAUGAGGACUUGUGACAAGAUCCGUUUUUCCCCCCUUCAUCUGUACAUUUAGAACAAGCCUGGUAAAAAAAACAAAUAUAUUAACGUUUCACACCAGAAAGGUUUUAAAAUUUCUCAUCCUUUUGUAUGCAGUUUUCAAAAUAAACCAUAAAUUAAUUCAUUUAUAGCACAUACAUCUGUCGUGGUCAGCCUUUAAAUGCCGAUGAAUUGGAAAAUAUAAGUGUACAAUACAGAAAUAUUCUCCUACUCUACAGGAAUCCCACUGAUGUUCUUUAAAGAGGAAUUAUCACAAAGAUUAAACCUUUUUUUUUUUCCUCAUGGAAAAUUUGAAUUUUAUUACAAAAUUCAAUAAUAAAGCAUCACAAUUAAGAAAAGGC